CAGACAUGUGGCUGCUGUCCUGACAGCGUGUCUGUGCAGGAUAGUGUUUGGCCUCCCACAAAGUGGUGCAGUCAUCAGCUGCAGUUGACCCCGGGCUUUACUGCUGUUUUGGCUCUCCUUCUUUGGAUGUGCUUGACACCUGCUCGUCGCACCACGGCCUCCUCAGUACACCCUGCUGCCCUAGGGCCUGAUGGACCACCCAGGCUCCUUGAGAAGUGUGGCUCUCCUGCAUCGAGCCUAGGAGCUUGGGCAUGCGCCGUGCUUGGGCAUUUUUAGAAAUGCAGAUGCACUUUUCUUUCUGAUUUUCCUCUUUUUUUCCUUCUUCUGUUCGAUUGCGUUUAAUAGUGAUUACGUUGCUUUAUUGUUUUCUGUUCUAUCCCUUUGGUUCUUGUUAUUUUGUAAUGAUUUGUUUUUUUCAUUUCGUAUAAAUUACUUUGUUCCUCUUUUCGUUUGAAUAUUUAGGUAUUGGGUUUUUGUUUUCAGGGUAUGAGGGCUGCCAUCAUUUUGUGAGUUUAAUUGUUGAUUUUCUUUUCUUUUGACAGGUGCUGGGGCCCCCAGAGCGGCAGCGGUUCCCUGGUGGUGGUUCCGUUUUCACUUUUUGGUUUGCGUGUCACGGGUGCUGUGUGUUUUUGGAUCCUCCCCCCUUUCUGUUACCGCUGUCGUGCUUUGCUCUGCUGAUCUGGUCCACAUACCAUCAGAACAUCUGGCGGCUCUGCAGCUCUGAGAGAUAUCCAACGCGUUUCAGCACAUUUCAGCCACAUUUCAGCCACAAGCGACAAACACGCCUCAGAAAUGGCCCACAGUCAGAAUCCCAGAGGCAGAAGAGGAUUUCCUGGCAACCCUCGCCGGAGAUUCAACAUUCCUCAGGAGCUUCUAGAAAUGCGCUCCCACAUCGACCAGCUCCUGGAGACGCUUCACAACAGAGAAAUGGAGAUGCUGGCUAUGAAAACUGCUCUGAGGGAGCAGGAUGAGCAGCAGGAGGGGAAGGAGGUCCUCCAGGCAAGAAUCCAGCUCCUCCAGGAGAAAAACGAGUCCCUCCAGGCGAGGAGCCAGUUCCUUCAUUCGAGGAACGAGUUCCUUGAGGCCCAGAACCAGUCCGUUUUGGAGGAGAACCAGACCUUAAAGGAGGGGAAGCAGUUCCUCCAGGAGCAGAACCACAUCCUCCAGGAGCAGAACCGCAUCCUCCAGGAGGACAACAAGACCCUGCAGGAACAGAACCAAACUCUAAAGGAGGAAAAGCAGUUCCUGCAGGAGCAGAACCACAUCCUCCAGGAGCAGAACCACAUCCUCCAGGAGCAGAACUGCAUCCUCCAGGAGCAGAACCGCAUCCUCCAGGAGGACAACAAGACCCUGCAGGAACAGAACCAAACUCUAAAGGAGGAAAAGCAGUUCCUGCAGGAGCAGAACCACAUCCUCCAGGAGGAGAAGCACACCCUCCAGGAGCAGAACCAGACUCUCCAGGCAGAGAAGACCAAGAUCAAAGACACUAACAAGAUCUUGGUGGAGACUAUAAAGGCCAGGAGAAAACUGAAGGGAGGCUUCAGGAAGCUGUUCAGAGGAGGAGAGAAAAAAAAGACUGUAAAUGCCACAGAGGAGACAAAGAAGGUUGUUGUGAUGGAGACGAGGGAUUUGUUCGGCAGAUGGACGGUGUUACAUUUAAAGAACAGCUCUGGGGUGAAGGAGGUGGUCACCACCAUUGAGGGAAACAUGACUGUUUCCAAGGUGGAAGUGCUGGAGGAAGGAGAAGAGCUCAAGAGGAAGGUGACCGAAUUAGAGGCACUGGCGAUAAGACAGUCAGAGGGAGCAGCUUCUGAAGAGCAGGAGGAGUUUUCAUGUUGA